CACGCGCGGUGGCUACGGGUCCGAGCAGGCUUAAAGCCGUGCUGUAUUUCGCUGGUGGUGGUGGUGGUUAGUCUCCUUUUAAAGUUCUCUUGAGUGGAGGCGCGAGGGUCCCUCGGAGGUACCAAUCUGAAAAUUCCAGAUCAAUCUAUGGUUCUAGAGAGAACCUUUUAUCACAAAUCAAGAAUGGCUGCCUCUGGAGGAACAUUUAUUGGAGUUCCCUCAUCAAGCAAUAACGAUGCAUCUAGCAAUCUCAACUAUGGUUCUUCAUUUCAACCCAUCAAAACCCAGGUGGCCAUUCCUACAGCUCAUGUCAUGCCCUCCACAUUGGACAGAUCACCUUGUCUAGCAAGUGAAUCAAGCACUCCUCAGACCACUUUGGCUUCCUCCCUGCCAAAUUCACUGGGUGACACUGGAGGACUAAUGUCCAGCUAUGACUCUGAUACUCUGAGGCAAUCCCAGGUGAUCAACUGGAAUUCUCUUUGUCUGAAUCAGACUUCAGCAGAAAAUGGUUGCAAUCAGUCCUUGUUUCGUAGUUCUGGUCAGUCAGGUGUGGAAUGUAUUCAGAAACCUAUCAGCCUAGAUGCUGAAGUCACCCAUUCUGCUUUUCUAGAUAGGCAUUCUCUUGGUCCUUGGUCCCAGCUCCAGAUGUACACUCCAGGCACUUCAAACAGCACUGUUGCUGGCCUAGAAAAAGAAUCCAAUAAAAUACUGCAGAAUACUAAAUCUUCAACAGAUUCCAACAGAGUCUGUGGAAAGCAAGUAUCCUUGGGACUUAAUGCUCCUAGUAUGUAUUCCAGCCCUUUGGCUGCUCAGUCUCAGACCUCAAAGCAGGAAGCUUGUACACUACAUCCACUUGAGAAUUGUGCACAGAGUGCCUGGAAACAUCUGGAUUAUGCUCGACUGCAACUUGAACAGAUGCAUCUGCAGAAUAAAGCUACUUGUUACUAUCCUUUGGUGAACAGUACUUCACUGCACACACUUGAUCCAGCUCAGUGGAUUGGCAUUGCCAACACAAAUGAAAAUUUGCUCCUGGAGAAAGAAAUUCUCAUUGACAGGCAGAGACAGCACAUUUCCCAGCUGGAGCAGAAACUACAAGAAAGUGAAAUGCAAGUCCACAGUGCCCUCUAUGGCCAUCCUGCUCCUUACGGAGAUAUGUAUCUGUUCAGAAUGCAGGAGUUACAGAGGGAGAAUACAUUUUUACGGGCUCAGUUUACUGAAAAAACAGAAUCACUCAAUAAGGAAAAGAUUGAAUUGGAAAGGAAACUGGCUGCCUCAGAAGCUGGUAUUAAACAGAUCCAGGGGGAUCACAAAGAGACCAUACAGAAGCAUACAAUAGAAUUGAAGAAACAAGAAGAAAGGGUCAAGUCCAGAGACAAGCACAUUGAGUAUCUGAAAAAGAAAUGCCAAAAAGAAUUGGACCAAAAGCAUGAGAAGCAGCAGAGAAUUGAGACUCUGGAACGCUAUAUUGCUGACUUCCCAGUAUUGGAGGAUCAUCGAAAACAAAGUCAACAGUUAAAAGAAUCUCAGCAGACAGUUAGCACUUUGAAAGAAACAGUGACUACUCUUGAAAGGGAACUAAGAGAUGUCCGCAUUGACUGUCGAGAGAAGGAGUUACAGCUAGAAGUGCAAAAACACAAAGAAAUGGAACUGCUUUCCACAGUGCACAGCUUACAAGACAAAAUGCAGCAGAUGAAGCCCUCAGUACCAGAAGAUUAUGCCCGAGAGAUAGAGAGAGAGAAAGAAGAGAAAGAUGCUCUUCGCAAAGAGCGUGAUCUUCUCAGGAAGAUUGUGGAAAAUCAGAAGAAGAAACUGGAUCAUUUAUCUUCACAAAUAAAGGAUCUGGAGGAACAGAUUGCCCAGGAAGAUGGCACAGCACAGGCUCUGAGAGCAGACACCUUGAAGCAGGAAAAUGCAUUGCAGCAGUUACACAGAGCUGUGAAAGAGCUGUCUGCCCAGAACCAAGAACUGAUGGAAAAAAACCUGACUUUCCAGGAGCAUCUCCGGCAGAUGGAUCUGGGCCAGCUGCUGUCAACUGAAACAGCCAGCCUGACCCAAGAGCUGCAUAGUGAACUAGCCAGCUGCCUACAGGACUUGCACUCCGUCUACAGUGUGGUUACUCAGCGGGCUCAAGGGAAAGAUCCCAAUUUGUCGUUGCUGUUAGGCAUUCACACUGUACAUUGUUCUGUUCAACAAGAAACAGAUUUGUUGAAACCAGACACGCUAGCAAAGAAGCUGGAGGAUGUAAAACAGUUGCACAAAGAGAUUGAAGAUUUGCGGACUGCUAUCUCAGACAGAUACGCUCAAGAUGUGGGUGAUAACUGCAUCACACAGUGAAGGCCAAAUAAGUGGAAGAUGAGGACUAAGUUUGUAGAUCAGAGAAAGCUGCUGCAGGGUGAGUUUUCAGCAGGUCUUUAUAACCUGUUCAGGUGAAGAUGCUUUUCACAACUGGAAGUCAGAUUUUCUCGUGGCAGGAAAGCUCUCUGAGGAAAACAAGCCAGUAAGGGUGUGGCGAAAAUGUUUUUGUAUCCUGCAAUUCUGGAUCGGGUUCCUGCUAGCAGCUGCAGUCAGGAAAGUGUCUGCCAGCAUUCAUUUCUGUAAUUUGUGGCAGAAACAUUUUUUCAAACACUACAAUCAUGGAGACUCUUUUUUUCUUUGUAAUGUAAUUGCUGCAAGGUUGCAAAAGCUUUGAUUGAGUUUGGAUUGAAUAUAAAAUGGCAGACCGUAUGUAGAAAAACUGAAUUGGCUGUGAUAAAGGAAUUCUGAACAGUGAGGAAAAAUCUGUCUCGGUAACAGAUUUUUGAAAUUUCUAAGGUAAUCUUGUACAGUACUCAGUCACUUUUUUCCCCAUUCCUUCCUGAAACUAGAAAUAGGAUGAAAUUGUAGAAGGCAUUAUUGCAUUUCUCCUUAAAUGAUUUAGAUCUCCAAAGCCUGUGCUGGUUCCCCAGGUUUCAGGAUAUGACCACUGCUAAUGGCAUGGACACUUUCAAUGUCAGUGUGCCAUUAUGGGUUCAUAUGUUUUCAAUGCAGAUGCACUUUUUAAACUAUAUUUUCAUAUCACUGUUCUCUAUGCAGACAUUAACUUGACAUUCUAGAAUGUAUGAAUUCAAAUGCUGAAAUGCCUUAAUUCUCCUAGAAAUAAACCUUUGGAAAGAGAGAAACUGUAUUUUCAUAUUGCUGCAAAGUGGGCAGUUAGAUUUGUACACAGUAAUAGAAUUACAGGUUGAUUUUAAAACUAAUCCUUCUGUGAAACAGGAAGGUAGUAAUUUAAAUGGUUAUGACUGAGCAGAUUAAUGCUCAUUCUUCUUCUAUAUGGAAAAGAGUCUUUAAUGCUAUGCCAGCACUUUAUAAAAAGACUUAUGUUAGGACAAGCAUGGCUGGCAGUGGCUACUGAUGUCGAUUAACUUUUGUCAAUUGUAGGUAGCAUAAUCUACGGUGAAGGCAUGUACAUGGUCUAUGCUUGUUUUUAAAAUUUAAAAUUGACCUUGAAAAGAAAGCUGAGUAUGUUCCUGAAACACAUCAAAUAUUUACCAGUGGAAAUUAUUCAGAUGAGAGAAGUUUAAAUCAAGCACUCUUCAUUCUUUUGAUCACAUUCUUUUGAUUACCAUCCCAGCUUGUGGUACUUAUUUAAGUUUAUGAAUAUUUGGGUAAUUUAGAAACAGAUUGCUUAUGAUAAAUUACUUCAUUUAGUGGUGUAUUCUCUAAAGGCUGGCUGUAAUCAAUGCUAUUUAUUCUUUGAAACAAUAUAUUUUUGACAACCCCUUGAAUCUUUCUUCAUAUAAUUAAGGUGGCUAUUUAUCAUUACCCUAGGGUAGGGGUGUCAAACUACCAGCCCAUAGACCGGAUGCGUCAUGCCGAAACUGCACCCACCCCAUUGCUGGCAAUGGAAAAAAGUCGCGAUAUGUUGCAACACGUCACGUGACGCUGUGAGUUUGACACCCCUGCCCUAGGGUCCUAGAUAUUCCAAGUUCUUUUUUGAAUGAAAUUCACUUUUUCCCUAUCUUUGCCCAUUCUCUGGAGGACUUUCUUAUUUUGUAUAGAUUCAACCCAUGAUAUUUUAAGUAUCUUUCUAAAUCCUUAUUUCAGACCCUUCUAUUCUGAUUGUUAUUUAAUCGCCAAUAAUUACUGAGGGUCAAGCAAUAUAUAAGUAACAUAAUUAUAUAAACAAAAAACUAAAAUCACAGCUGCCAGUUCCUUAGCUGGUGCUGACCUUCAUAAACAUGGAGUACUUCCCAAGAGUUUAGAAUGUCAUAAUAUAUCGUAAUAGUCUGUGUGGACCUAAGCAAUCUGUCCUUUUGUAAGUAUUAUUUUACAUGUUUCUUUUUUAAAAAAACAUGUAAAACAUAACAGCAUAUAAAGUACUAAUCUGAAAGCUAGGAAUAAAUAUAUUAUUUUUCCAAAAGUUACUUUUGCCUCUUCAAUCCUACCCUUUAUGUCCAUGCUUCAGUUCCAUCUGUCAUUAAAACAGAGCCCAAGUAUUUGUACUGCUCCACUUUCUGUACUUACUUUCUUACAAUUGGUUCAUGGAUUUAAUUUUUGCUGAAUAACUAUAUUUUUGAAUUACUUUUAUUCAGUUAACCUAACUGAGUACAUUUGUAAACAAUAGUUGCUAUUUGUUAGUAAAUUAUCUGGACAUGGUAAGUUUAUUUUGCCACUAAUUUGUCUACUUUAUUGACAUUUUUUUAAAGCUUUAGAAUAUAUUAAAUAGGGUGAUAAUGCACACCCUUGUCAUAGUCCAUACAGUAAUUGACAUUUGUUGGUUUGCAGACAGCUAUUUCCCAAAUGCUGAUAAACUCCAGAUGCAAUACAAUUGUAAUAGCUAGGAUUCUAUAGUUUGACAACUUUUACUAUUGUUUAGUAAAAGUUUAAUAAAAAAAGGAAGGAAAAUUUGUAAAGCUAUGAACAGAAACUGUGACAGGAGAAGCUGCUUUAUUGUCAGGAUUUGGCAGAAAUUUUAACUUGAAGUUUCUGUAUAGGGAAUAUUUUAGGGAUAUAACAUUUUGUUGUGCUUGCAGAUAAGGAAAAAUUGCUUAUAUGCCGGUUAUUUUUAUUACAAAAGAGUAGAACUUUUUUUUUAUAAAGUAUACCCUUAAUACAAGGAUUGCACUGUGAAAUUGUAGUUUACUACACAAUUUUUACAUUACGUUUUUACCAACCUCAAACUAGGAAUAUUUCCUUUAUGGAAAAAUUGCAGCUGUGUUCAUUGUUUUUAACAUAUUUCUUUCAAAAGAAAUUAAACUUAUUUUAAAAAUAAGAAAAAGGAAAAAAAGUUCUUUGCUUUGGCAGAGUUGCUUUUAAUCAAAUUACAUGGAACGUUGGACCUAAUGACUGACUCUUAAAUGAGAAAUUAAAAAAA